UAUAUGCUACGGGAUACCGGUUGUUUUAAGUUUCGUUUACUUCGAUAUUGAUAAGUUUUAAACAAAAGAACCGAAAUGGUUGAGGAGCAGCAAAAACGUGUCGAAGAGCAUACAAGUAGAAUAUUAGAGGAAAUUGACAAAUCAAUGAGAAAAAUGAAGGGUGAUGCAUAUAGGUGUGCUGCAAACUGUUGUGACAACGAGACGUACAGUAUACAAAAAAUUCAGAAGUGUGUCCAAAAUUGUAAUCAGUCGUUGGAUCAGGCCCAAGACUUCGCUAGAGAUGAAAUUGAAAGAAUUCAAAACCGAUUGCAAAGGUGUGUCAUGGAUUGUAGUGAUAAAAUAAAAGAUGCAGCUGGACCCAAUCCAUCACAACAUACUAUUGAAAAAUAUGGUAACCAGUUUGAUAAAUGUAUAACAAAUUGUGCAGAUAACUAUUGUAAUAUGUUACCUAAUUUAGAAAAGACAGUAAAAAGUAUUUUGGCUACAAAGUUUCAUUAG